UAGUCGAAAGGGACAUAGUUAUCAUUUUUUGCUUUAAAAAAACAAUCCUCCCUUAUAAAAAUUAAGAUGGUAUUCAACAGAAAAACUUUUUUUUUUCUCCCGAUUUCAAAGAAGAAAAACCAAAACAUGAAUCUCUAUCUUGUUACACUUUUUCAGGCUUUGUAAAACUUAAUAAUACUGUACUCAACAAAAUCUUUUUUUUUCCAGUCCCAAAGAGGAAAUAAAAAAAUACCAAAACAUGAAUCUCUAAUCUAUAUCCAAAUAUCUACCUCAAUUUUAUAAAUAUACAGAGCUCACCAGAGCCACUAUUUAUUAUAUUUUCCUCAUUGUUUUUUUUUCUUUCUCCAGUAAAUCAUAUUUGGAUUCUUGGUGAAAAUAGGGUUAAAGAGAAAGUCCCGAAGUUUCAGCGUUACGUAGGAUUUUCAGCAACAUAUAAAAUCUGGAAUAUUUGUUCUCUCUCUCUUUGUUCCUGUCUCUAUCAUCUGAGCUUUUCAUAUUCAAAUUUUGAGGUACAUUUGUACAAAACAAAAACUUUUGAGAAGUCUCUGAAGUUUGGAUUAAUAUAAAGUUGUUGUUGAGCCAAAAAAAAAAAAAAAACGGUACGGAGAAGAACGAGGAGGGUGACAAGAGAAAAUGGUCGCAUUUGGGAAGAAGCUCAAGGAAAGAAGCAUUGAAGAAUGGCAAGAAUAUUACAUCAAUUACAAAUUGAUGAAGAAGAAAGUGAAGCAAUAUGGUCGACAAAUCGAAGUAGGAAGUCUAGAUCGUCGUCAUGUUCUUAAAGAUUUCUCAAGGAUGUUGGAUCAUCAGAUAGAGAAAAUCUCUCUUUUCAUGUUGGAGCAACAAGGUUUGCUUUCAAGUAGGUUGCAGAAGCUAAGGGAAUGUCAUGAUGCACUCCAAGAUGAGCCUGACAUAUCUCAGAUAUCUAAUCUAAGAGAGGCCUAUAGAUCAGUGGGACAAGAUCUUCUCAAGCUUCUUGUUUUCAUCGAUACGAAUGCUAUUGGUAUCCGUAAGAUACUGAAGAAGUUUGAUAAGAGAUUUGGCUAUAGAUUCACAAACUAUUAUGUCAAGACUCGUGCUGAUCAUCCUUACUCUCAACUCCAGCAAGUGUUCAAACAUGUGGGUCUUGGAGCUGUUGUUGGAGCCAUAUCUCGAAACCUUCACGAGCUUCAAAACAAUCAAGGAAGCUUCUUAUCAAUUUAUGAUCAGCCUGUUGUUCCUCUUCAGGAUCCUGUGGUGGAUUCAAUCAAGAAUGCAGUGGAUAGGCUAACACGUUCAACAAACUUCCUUAAUUUCAUGGCUCAACACGCUCUAAUCAUGCAAGACGAAGAUUUACUGAUUCAUGAAGAUCAAGCGGAUCAAGAAGAAGGGAGAUAUCACUUCAUGUCGCUCUUGUUAAACUUGGCAAACACGUUUCUCUAUAUGGUCAAUACAUAUAUCAUUGUUCCUACAGCAGAUGAUUACUCCAUGAGCCUUGGAGCAGCAGCAACGGUUUGUGGAGUUGUAAUUGGUGCAAUGGCUGUGGCUCAGCUCUUCUCUUCGGUUUACUUCAGCGCCUGGUCCAACAAGUCAUACUUCAAACCACUUAUUUUCAGCAGCAUUGUUCUUUUUGUUGGGAACCUAGUUUAUGCUUUGGCUUAUGACUUCAAUUCACUAGCUCUUCUCUUGAUUGGCCGGUUAUUCUGUGGAUUUGGUUCAGCAAGAGCAGUGAACCGGAGAUACAUAAGCGAUUGUGUGCCUUUGAAGAUUCGGAUGCAGGCUUCAGCCGGUUUUGUUAGUGCAAGUGCUUUAGGAAUGGCUUGUGGUCCUGCUCUUGCCGGUUUACUGCAAACCAAUUUCAAGAUCUACAAUCUUACCUUUAACCAGGAUACACUACCCGGUUGGGUUAUGGCUGUUGCUUGGCUUAUGUACUUGGUCUGGUUAGCUAUUUCUUUCGUGGAACCAGCACGUGAGCCUGAAGAGGUUCAUACUUCACAAGAAUCUAACUCCGCUGAUCAAGAUGGAAACAUGGAGAAGGGGCUUACAAAACAGCUUUUACUUGCACAAGACGAAACAGAACAUGAUGAUGAAGAUGACUGCGAUGGAAGUGAAGAGUCUGCUGAAGAUUCACGUAAACCUGCUAACUCCUUUGUAGCUGCAUACAAGCUACUCACUCCUUCAGUGAAGGUUCAGUUGUUGAUAUACUUCAUGCUCAAGUAUGCAAUGGAGAUUCUUUUAUCAGAAUCAAGUGUGGUUACCACAUACUACUUUGGUUGGUCCAUGAGUUCUGUUUCAAUCUUCUUGUUCUGUCUUGGUCUAACUGUUUUACCGGUUAACCUCGUUGUUGGAAGCUAUAUCAGCAACAUGUUUGAAGAUCGGCAAAUUCUGUUGGCGUCAGAGAUUAUGGUCUGUGUUGGAAUACUUCUCAGCUUCCAUGUAGUAGUCCCUUACACCGUGCCUCAAUACGUUAUCUCUGGGUUCAUCAUGUUUGUUUCUGCUGAAGUUCUUGAAGGUGUGAACUUAUCGUUACUAUCGAGAGUAAUGUCAUCGAGGCUGUCACGUGGGACGUACAAUGGAGGUUUAUUGUCGACGGAGGCUGGAACGAUCGCACGUGUGAUUGCUGAUGCAACUAUCACCGUUGCUGGGUUCUUGGGGCAGAGUAUGCUUUUGAAUGUUACUCUGCUUCCUUCUUUUAUUAUAUGUGUUGGGUCUAUUGUAGCUACUUGUUUUACUUUCAACUCCCUGUAUUAGUGUUUCUUUCUUUCACAACUCUUUUCUGCAUAGAACUCCAGAUUUCUGAGCUUUGUAGCAGCAUUGCAAGGACGGUUUGUAGUAUUGUGGUUAUGGACAUGCUUAUCUUUGUGUACUUUAGUGUUUGGUCAUAUAGAUUGUACUUCAGACCGUUCGUAUUUACUUAUCUAGUAACAUUUCUUU